GAAUUCACAAUAACAGCUUUUGAGGUUGUAAAAGAUGUCGAAAGAAACACUUGGAAUCGUAGUGGUAGCGAUUGUCGCCUUUGUAUCUCUCAAUGAUGGAUUUCUCGAAUCAGUGCCACGAACGUCGCCGUGUUUAAAGUGUGAAAAUGUCACAAAUAUAACUGAAGAGUGCAUUGACUAUACACAUAAAUGCCGGGCAUGUUUUCUGGAGAGAAAAACGUACAACAACAUCUAUUACUACACGUUGGGAUGCGCCGACAACCAGCCUCAAGCCUCUUGUCCUAUUAAAACAAGGCGUUCCCUGGAAGACAUCAUGGCGGUAUCCAGAUAUGAUCGCAGAAACAACAGGGCUGCAUUUCGUUCCCCAAGUAAUUCUACCACAGCGAUAACACAAACAACAGCAACAUCAGUGACAACAACAGCAUUGACAAGACAAUCAUCUGAGCCAGUCGUAGAAGAAGGCUGUUGUCAAUCCUGCACUAAUACGCGUGAAGAACAAAUUUGCAACGCCAAUUUGUACGAAUGCCAGCCCGGAGCAUGUUACGACGAAAUAGGAUCCCAUGGUUGCCAAAUUCAAAAAUAUCUUGACCAUGACUACUGUAACAACAAAACAAACGCCAAGAAGACGUGUAAACUGUCAUGCCAACUUUGUGAUUUGGAUGCAGUGCCUGUAUUAAAGCUGGGAUAGACAAGGUCACAACAGUGCAGGUUGAUGACGGGAUUAUGCAGUCAUAUACAUCAAUGUGUUGUCAAUACAUAUUAUAUUAAAAU